CACAAGCAAAGAAAAAGGGAAGGGGGGCAGACAAGAAGAGGAGAGUGUGGGGGGGGGGAAAAAACACCCAAAAAACCCCCCAAAAGCAAACUGCAACAGAGGAAGAGGGGAGAAAACGGAAGGGGAGAAGGAGGAGUGCAGCCAGAGAGACCGGCCCUGGGACAUUUGCAAAUCCUAGGGUGCCACUGAAAGGUGGGGAGUAAGAGAAAGCCAGAGCGACUGAAAAGCGGAGCUACUCCCAGCAGCAGCAGCAGCUGUCGGGAGCUGGAGACACACGUACAUGCGUCCCUACAUGCUCACACGGGGAGAAUUGAAGCUGCAGCUCGUAGCAGGAAGGAAGCGUUCCGGCUCUGCAAAGGGCUAUGCGUGUCAGGGAUGAAACCGAGAGCUGAAAGAAGCGGCUGCGCUCCUGGGACUGUGUCAUCUUGGAAGGGAGGGAGGCAGGAAGGAAGGAAGAAAAGGGGGAAGAUAACUGGCAUGUGGAAGAAGAUGGGAGACUAACUCACUGCUGUGCAGAAGGGGAAUCCAACUUGCACAUCUGAAAUACACCAGGCUCAGCUUGGAAAUGAGAUCAGACCUGCAUUGAAACACAGAAAGGGAGGAAAAGGGAGGCAGAGACGGGAGAGCUUUUAUCCCUCUUCCUGUCUCUCUUUCCCUCUCUCUCCUCAAAGAAGAAAUAGAAGUUUAUCCGUCUCGGUGCUUCUGGAUUCAUAUAGCUGCUGGACAAAAGAUGGAGAGGAAGCUAAAAUGAAAAGCAAAGUGUGCUUCUGAAAUUUACAGCUAAGAGGACAAAUCACAGCUCGGGUUUCUUUGUGCCCCAUCGGGGGAGUUUUAACGACUGAAGGAUUUUGAGAAGUGAGGGGGGGCAAAGGCGAGAGUGGGCGUUAAAAAUACCCAUCCCAAGUGUUUAAAAAAUAAUGAGGUGAUGGAUUUAUUCAUGACAGCUGGUGGGAACCUUGAAUUUUUCUCUACUCCCUCCCUCCUUGAUUUCAUUUAAUGUGAAAUUAUGAAAAUGCAGAGGAGUUGGAGGGAAGGCAAAAGGAUAUAACGUGGAGUUUGAAACAAGGAGAGGGUGCUGAUGCUGUGGAUUGCUGGCUUCUUGCCGAAAUCAAAAAUCCAAUUGCGCACUGGGUUGUGAUUGGAAAUCUAAUCAGAUCUUUGGAGAGGGGCGAGAGAGACUAAAAGUUUAUUGUUUUGACAGACAGGAAUAAAAAUUUAAAUGCAAAAGGAGAUUCUUUUCUAAAUGCGUGUGGGGGUAUAGAGGAAAAGAAGAAUGGGAAUCCCCAUUCUAAUGUGGAGACACAUGGAUUGGAUAAUUGAUAGUGCAGCAAAGAAGGGGGAAAAAGAAAAUUGCCUGCCAAGACCUGGAUCUUAAGUGUCACAACAAAAUUGCAUUAAAAGAAUACAAAUGGAGGAUUGCUUAAAAGGAAAUACAGUUAUUUCUGCUCUCCAGAGAAAAAACAAAUAGAGAGCAAUGGGGAGCAGUGGAGCCAGAGAGGCAGAAAACCUCAGAAAAAGGAAACUAGGCAAACGAUCCACAGUGGAAUGAAAAGUUUCAGAAAGGAAAAGGACCAUUCAUCCUCCUCAAGGAUUUUUGUUUUUUUCCUGUUAUUUUAAACCAUUAUUCUUCAGUGAAGGCAACCAUCAACGUUACCACUACAGAAAUUUUAAGCAGAAAAGUUGAAAGCCACAGAGAAAAUAAAGGACAGAGAAGAAGAAAGCAAAUUGCCAGAGGGGGAGAGUUCAGCAGUGUUGGGUUGGAUUGGCACCUGUAUGGACUGAAAUUGCUGGGAAAUUGCAAUUGGAUAUCCUUUUUCUUUUAUUUCCUUUCUUGUUUUUAAUUUUGGUUUGGUUGCUGAAAUGAAAUAGUUUUCUAACCCCUCCCCCACCCUGGUUUUUCAUAAUCACUCGGAUUUCCAGCUGGAUAGUCUUUGAGGAUACAGGUGGAUGCUGUGGGGGGGUCCAGGCAGCUCUGUGGAACAGUCUCCAGUGGGCUAGUAGGAUGAGAAGGUCCAGGGAUAGUUUGGGAAACGAGGAGAAACAUCACCUCCCGAGACGGUAAACCUGCUGAAAAGAAGGAGAUAUGAGAUGAAACAAACAACAAAAUGACAGAGAAAAUAUAUUUUAUCAACUGAAUUACUGGAGCAAAAUGGAACUUCAGAAACCCAGGGGAAUCAGUGAUGAGACGAUUCAAACUCCAGAAGGACCAACACCAAAUAAAUUAUGAAUGUUGAACAAGAUGACCUUACAUCCACAGCAGAUAAUGAUAGGUCCUAGGUUUAACAGGGCCCUAUUUGACCCCCUGCUUGUGGUGCUGUUGGCUCUUCAGCUUCUUGUGGUGGCUGGUCUAGUGAGGGCUCAAACUUGCCCUUCUGUCUGCUCCUGCAGCAACCAGUUCAGUAAAGUGAUUUGUGUACGGAAAAACCUUAGAGACGUGCCAGACGGCAUCUCCACCAACACCCGGCUACUCAAUCUCCAUGAGAACCAGAUCCAAAUCAUUAAAGUUAAUAGCUUCAAGCAUCUGAGGCACCUAGAAAUCCUGCAGCUCAGCAGGAAUCACAUCAGAACAAUUGAAAUAGGGGCUUUCAAUGGUCUGGCCAAUCUCAACACUUUGGAACUCUUUGACAAUCGUCUGACCACUAUCCCAAAUGGGGCUUUUGUAUACCUGUCAAAACUGAAGGAACUGUGGUUGAGAAACAACCCCAUUGAGAGCAUCCCUUCUUAUGCUUUUAACAGAAUCCCUUCUCUCCGGAGGCUGGAUUUGGGGGAAUUGAAAAGGCUUUCAUACAUCUCAGAAGGUGCCUUUGAAGGUCUGUCCAACUUGAGGUAUUUGAACCUUGCCAUGUGCAAUCUUCGAGAGAUUCCUAACCUUACUCCGCUUGUAAAAUUGGAUGAGUUAGACCUUUCUGGGAAUCACCUGACUGCCAUCCGGCCAGGUUCUUUCCAAGGGUUAAUGCAUCUUCAGAAAUUGUGGAUGAUACAGUCCCAGAUUCAAGUGAUAGAAAGGAAUGCUUUUGAUAAUCUUCAGUCACUUGUAGAGAUCAACCUGGCACACAACAAUCUAACACUACUGCCUCAUGACCUGUUCACACCACUCCGCCUGGAAAGGAUCCACUUGCAUCACAAUCCUUGGAACUGCAACUGCGAUAUCCUUUGGCUCAGCUGGUGGAUUAAAGACAAGGCACCCUCCAAUACUGCAUGCUGUGCCCGUUGCCACACGCCUCCCAGUUUAAAAGGAAGGUACAUUGGUGAGCUGGACCUGAAUUACUUCACAUGUUAUGCUCCAGUCAUAGUGGAGCCACCAGCAGACCUCAACGUCACAGAAGGCAUGGCUGCAGAGAUGAAAUGCCGGGCGUCGACCUCCCUGACCUCCGUGUCUUGGAUUACUCCAAAUGGAUCUGUAAUGACACAUGGGGCAUACAGAGUUCGGAUUGCUGUGCUCAGUGACGGCACAUUGAAUUUUACCAAGGUAACUGUGCAAGACACGGGUUUGUACACAUGCAUGGUGAGUAACUCUGUUGGGAAUACCACGGCUUCUGCCACGCUGAAUGUGACCGCCCUGGAUAACCCUGGCUACACGUACUUUUCAACCGUCACGGUAGAGACUGUGGAACCUUCUCAGGAUGAGGCACAGACCACAGAGCAGGUUGGGCCCACACCAGUUACCAACUGGGAAACCAUUAACAUGACAACCUCACUCACUCCACAGAGCACAAGAUCAACAGAAAAAACGUUCACCAUUCCUGUGACGGACGCAAACAACGGGAUCCCAGGAAUAGAUGAGGUUAUGAAGACUACCAAAAUAAUAAUUGGUUGUUUUGUGGCUAUCACUCUCAUGGCUGCUGUGAUGCUGGUAAUUUUCUACAAAAUGAGGAAGCAGCAUCACCGGCAGAACCAUCAUGCUCCAACACGGACUGUAGAGAUCAUUAAUGUGGAUGAUGAGCUUACAGGUGACACACCCAUAGAGAGUCAUUUGCCCAUGCCAGCAAUAGAGCAUGAGCACUUAAAUCACUAUAACUCUUAUAAAUCUCCUUUCAACCACACAACAACAGUUAACACAAUAAAUUCAAUACACAGUUCAGUGCAUGAACCGUUAUUGAUCCGAAUGAACUCGAAAGACAAUGUUCAAGAGACUCAAAUCUAAAACAUUUAUGACAUUAAGGGGUGGGGUGGGGGGACAACAAAAGAUGGUUUAUAAAACAAAUGACACAAAUGACUGGGCUAAAUCUACUGUUUCAAAAGUGUCUUUACAAAGAAAAAGAAAUUUAUUUAUUAAAAAUUCUAUUGUGAUCUAAAGCAGACAAAAUUAUGUGUAUUCCUCAGAACCUGUUUUUGCUGCAGUUAUUUACCCUCCUCGUUCCCGUUUUCCUGCCCAACCUACUCUGACUCCCAUUUGCCAUAUUUUUCAUAGGAGAUCUUGAUUCCCUAAAAGAACUGAUCUAGGAAAUUUUGUAAGAAUUCUGUUACACUUUGGGAAUUUUUAUGGUGAAUUCUAGUGGUGAGAUUCGGUCUAUUUUGUCACUUUCUCUUUUUUCUUUUGUUUUCUCAUGCCCUUUUUGAAAUUAUUCAACAGAGAAUGGAGUAAUAACAGUAACUUUGCAAGUGAGAAAAACAAGUAAACCUUUUUUUUCUCCAUGUAAUGAUUUGCUCUGUAUUUACCAAAAGCACCAUUCUGUGAAAAAAAUGGAAAAAAAAGUAAAAAAAAAAAAACCAAACCAAAAAUUAAUUUACUUGUGGAAGCCUAUAAAACCCAUGAUCUUUUAAGCAAUUAUAGAACCAGAAUUUGUAGUUCAAACACUAAACUAAGAUUAUAAAUAAAAUAUUGGUUUUU